UUAAAUGGUAGGUACCUAUCUUUGUCCAUCUUUCUAUGGUCUUACAAAAUUGUCCAAUAAAAAACAUUACGUUUGCGAUUGAUUUCUUCAUGUUCAAUCACUGUAGAAGCUGAAUCGUUACAUUCAGAUUAAAUUCUUAAUGUAUGAAUGUAAGAUAUAAGUAGAAUAACUAAAAAAUCAGUGACAGGUGGUUUGACGUUUAUUCGCCGCCAUCGUUAUUAGCGACAGUGACCUGCCAUAUUGCGCGUGAUAUAAAGACUCAACAACAAUUUGCAGAGGACCUCGUAAUUCAGUUUGUGAGAAAACGUUUCACGAUAGUGAGCUGUAAAACGGUGCAAAAUGUCAACUGGUCCUUAUAAUUACUCUUAUAUCUUUAAGUAUAUUAUUAUAGGAGAUAUGGGAGUAGGAAAAUCAUGUUUAUUGCAUCAGUUUACAGAAAAGAAAUUUAUGGCAGACUGUCCGCAUACUAUUGGUGUUGAGUUUGGGACAAGAAUCAUUGAAGUAGCAGGACAGAAAAUAAAGUUACAGAUAUGGGACACAGCAGGGCAAGAACGUUUUCGAGCAGUUACUAGAUCAUAUUACCGAGGUGCAGCGGGAGCGUUAAUGGUCUAUGACAUUACUCGUCGUUCAACUUAUAAUCAUCUUAGCAGCUGGCUUACAGAUACAAGGAAUUUAACAAAUCCAAGCACUGUUAUAUUUUUAAUUGGUAACAAAAGUGAUUUAGAGGGUCAGCGGGAUGUUACCUAUGAAGAAGCCAAACAAUUUGCUGAUGAAAAUGGUCUCAUGUUUAUAGAAGCUAGUGCAAAAACUGGACAUAAUGUUGAAGAGGCCUUUUUGGAAACAGCGAAAAAAAUAUUCCAAAGUAUACAAGAUGGACGUUUGGAUCUAAAUGCAGCAGAAUCUGGAGUUCAACAUAACCCCAGUCAACUAGGUCGUACCAAUCUUCAAGGGGUAUCUAAUGAACAACAGGGAGGAAAGGAUUCUUGCUCCUGUUAGGUCUUUAUUUGUUUGUAUAUAGAUAUAUGAAUUCAUCGGUACUAUUAAUGCAUAUAUGAUUUAUACUAAGUAUAGCAAGCAAAUAGUCUCCUGUCUUUAUCCCUUAACCUCUGAUAAGUUGAAUCUACUUAAAGAAUAAUAUCAAUUCUUUUCAAGUUAGAAUUAAUUUGCAAAGUAUGUUGUACGAACAUGUGACUCAGUAUAAACAUGUACAUGUAAAUUGUGUUGAUAACAAUGAUUCUGCAUUGGCAUUGAAAUUGACGUUUCCAUGUUACAGCUUUUGUAUGAUUAUUGUAAUUUACAUAUAUUUUCUAUAGGUCAUAUUUUGUUGCAUAGAGAAAUUGAAUAUUAGACAAUAUGUUGCACUCAUAUACCUUAUGGUACAUACGUACAUACAAGGUGCAUUGUACGAGAUAUUUACUUAAUCACAUGAAAAUAUGAUAAAUAUGAAUGCGACGCAGUCAAAUAAGACAAAUAUUUACCAUUGUAAAUUAAAUUCGUGUAACAAAAUUGAGCACGUUUGAUCGUGUUUGUUAUCUAGUUUACAGUUUGAAAGCUGUUGUGUAUAAGCUUAGGUACAAAAAAACUGUUGGUAACACAUUUAAACUUAAUAGCACCAAAAAGUUGUCAUAAAGUGACAUAACGUAACAAAAUUAAUAUCAAUCCAAUUAUUUUACAAUUGCAACCUUAAUUUCAUAUCGUACGGAGUGUAAAAAUUUUACAGAUUCUAAAGUUGUAAUUUACGUUCUCAGCUUGGAAAAUAUUUUAAUUUUUAAUAUGAUUACUAACUUUAUUCAAUAUUUCCAUGUUAAUAAGAAGAAUACUUAGUACAUUGUUAUUGUUGCUAUUAUUCUGAAAAUUUCUUAGAAAAAUCGGAAGAAGUUAAUCUUCUGAGUAGGGCAUAUUCUCGUUCAUGCUAUUAUAUCACAUUAAUCCACAUGGUUUUCAUACCACAAAAACUGAAGUAUUAUAUCAAUUGAUAUAGUUGAUAUAUGUAUAUCUCCAAACUUCAUUUAUGUUCAAUUUUACAAGAAUCUUAUAAGAAGUUUAAUUACGAAAUUUAGUGUAACUGUUUUCUGAUUAGUCAUAGUCUUCAUCUUUUUUGUUAAACACCACUUUUACACGCUAUCGGCAAUGCAAAAUUUAAAAACAGAAUUUACUGAAAAAUAUUUAUAAUUAGGUAUAUUGUUUUUUAUUAAAAAAACAAAAUUAAAUGGACAAAAAGUGACUAUAAUUGUAUCCUAUUUAAUGUAUUGUAAAAACAUUUUGCAUUUGUAUUGGCAGAGAAAUGCAAAAGAUCGCUUCAAAUAAAUUUGACUGAAGCUUUCCAAGGCUGUCCAAAACUAAUUUUCCUAUUA